AUGGUGAAUGCCCAACUUGAGAAACAAGACAUCGAACAAAUUUCAGACUUGUUGUACAACUCUCCGGCAACCGACCAGUAUAAUUCGCUGAAGGAUCGUCUUAUCUCUGCAUAUGAAGAAUCCGACAGUCGCCAGCUACAGAAACUUCUAUCAGAAAUAGAACUUGGAGACCAGAAGCCCACACAACUCCUACGCAGAAUGCGUACUUUGGCGCAAGAUAAAGUCCCAGAUUCGACGCUACGGCUAAUGCGGAUCCUUGAAGAAUAUCCUGGAAUCACAAGAAUAACUUCAAUGAAAUUAACACCGAAGCACGACGUUGAGCACUUCAUCGAAACCAAUGGACCACCACUUCAUUGCCGUGCACGUCCAAUCGCUCCACACCGAUACAAGCAAGUUCGAAAGGAAUUCGAAAACAUGAUCGAGCAAGGAAUAUGCCGUCAAAGCAAAAGCCCUUGGUCGUCACCACUUCAUGUUGUACCGAAGAAGAAUGGAGAAUUACGAGUUUUUGAAGAUUACAGAAGACUGAAUUCUAUUACCACUCCUGACCGCUACCCCAUACCGUGA